GAGACAGAGGAAGAGAAGAAGGAAACCUCAGCGCAGUUUCUGGAGUUUGUUUACCUCCUCUGCGCAGUUUCCACUCGGACUAGGCGGAUUAUUCACCCUCUCCUCCCGGGGAAACUUCAGCAAAAACUCAGGGAUUUAUUUCACUAUUUUUUUGGUAUUUUUUUACUUAAAUUAAUGUUUUUCUUACUUUGGACCUGUGGAUCCUAUUUGGACUUGGAGCAUUGACAUUGUUUAGACAUACUUACCAUAAACUUAUCACCGUGUUUUUUUUUUGUUUUUUUUCUGAUCCUGCGGUGAUGUCCCGCCACUGACAUGCAACUGUCCAGACCACCAAACCGGUCCGAUGGCUCGACCGAAGUAACGGCAACACAGGGAAGCGGAGGAGAUCCACCACCCGCCGGUGCCGCCGGUGCCUGUGCGCAAACGCACCGCUCAGACAACGCCGGCGAGCUGAGCUUCGGCCGCCGCAGCUCCUCCGGAGGAGGAGAGCCGGACUCUCCGUCCUUGUACACAAAACCUAUCACCCCUCUCGACAGUCUAGGCGUGUUUCAGACGAGGACAAUAUUCCACCUCCCUCGCCGCGCAUCCAGUGGAUAUUUCUCCUACGACGGCGACUCGCUGCCGAGCUCCCCGCUCUCCCCGAGGCCAGUGACGGCUGACAGAGCUACCCAGACUCCGAGCCCCACCGGCCAGGUGAUGCAACACGCCCUACAGCGCAUGGCUGAGGCGCACGGCGGAGGACCGGGGAGGCACCAGCAGCACGGACACUUUCCCAGUCCCUCUAGCACGAGGCCAAGAAACGCAGCAGGGGACAUGCAGGCGGAGGCAAUCGGACAAGAGCUCCGGCGGAUUGGAGAUGACUACAACAGUCUGCUCUUAAGGGGGUGGGCAGGCGGACGCAGGCGGGCUUUGAUCCAUCUGAACCCGCUGCCUCACAUCCACCAGGAACCCACCAUGCUGCUCUGCAUGGGCCUCCUGCUCCUUCUGAUUGGACGGAUAAUCUACCUACAGGGCAGUACGGACAGCCAGGACCACUCUCAGGUUUAGCCUUUGGAAAACCCAGCAGACGUAGCAUAUUUCUUCAAUAAUGUAUCUGUGUUGGAGCUAUCACACCUUGAAUCUCCUUUAUAUUUAUGGGGAACUAAUUUUCAUCGUUCUUCCUGCCUUUCCCAGUUGAGGAAGGAGACUUUUGACUGGUCAUGUUAAUGGAGAUGGUUUGUCAACACUUUUAAGGAACUGUAGAAUUCCUGAAUCUUUGUUUUAUCACCUCUGUUUUUCCUUCAUGGCUUCUAAGCCUUUGCAGUGCUACCAAAGAGCCGGGAUUUUGCACUCCUUUCCAGCGUUCAUGACAUCUAGAUGUGCCUCUGUGCAAAAUUACGCCUGUGGAAAUUCAAAUGUGCCUUGUACAGUUUCCUGUUUACUUUUUUAGCUUCUUUUAAGUUGUUUUUACUGUACAGAGAUUAUUUGGGUGAUCAACUCUGCAGACCCAGGGUUGUCAAAUUACGUGGGUCCAGUCCGCAACAUGUAUCCCUAUCUUUCCCUCCUGAAGGUUAUAGGCAGGGAAAAAUGGUCUUGCACUUCUGCCACAUCAGAAUCCAGCAUGCAGAAGACUUGUGAACUGUGUGGGAACCAACUGGACCAAAGUGAUCUUUUUUUUUUUUUUUUAACAUUGUCGUCAUAUAAUGUUCCUAAACUACUAUGCCAUUAAACAUUUUGUUUCCAUGAAUUACACAACUCCUUAAGUCUACAUUGUUAGUGUAUACACCACUAUUUUCAGCCACAGAAAAUAAGAAUAAGAAAUAAUUCUGUGGUAGAUAAAGGAAAAUGCCCUCUGGACUGAUUAGUGCAUGCAAUAUUUAAAUUAUCCACCUUUUCCUAGAGAAAUUAAUCCUAUCCAAAUACAGCUUAAUACUUUAUUUGUCUGCAAUUAAUGACAACAAAAGUGUCCAUUUUGUUUUGUGUGUCAUACUUCAAUACCCUGGGUCAAGUUUUAGCUGCAGUGGCUCCUGCUACUGUUUGGCAAAUAUGUAAUCAGGUAAUUUGUGAUCAGGAUUAUUAUCCCUUCAAAGGUACUUUAAGUAGAUGCACCAACCUGAUUAGUUCAAAUUUCCACUAAUUUUCUAAACAUCUUUAUUUUAAAAAAGGCUAAUUUUGGAAAAUUGCUAAAUUAAUGUUUUAUUCAUUCAUUUAUUUCAUGACUACCUUACAAAAACAGCAAUUGGUACACAAUAAAAAGUAUGAGCCGUUAAUGUGUAAACUGAGCCUGUCCAGACAGACUUUACACUUUGUGUUGUUCAGUUUUACCAUAAAAAAAAACCCUGAGAUGAUAUUGUACCUUUGAGUAAUUGAUACCAAUCUUCCUCUGUAUGGAAAAGCCUGUGUUUCAGUAACUACUAAAGCCAGAUUAAAUGGGAAAGGCACGUAACCUCCUUACUCACUAAAAUCUAACUUCAAAGAUUUCCAACCUGUUUACAUGGAUUGUUAAAAAAUGAGUUAAAGAAAAGCCUUAAGGGUUUUCAUUUCCCUCUUUGCUCUGAUUGUAUUCAGCAUUAAAGCAAAGAUUUUGCACAGUGAUAAUUUAAAAGAUUACUUCACUUGUCAAAACAAUAGUAAGACUUGAGUAUUUGUUACUAAGUUGCCCAGUUAGUAAGUAAGAGCUAAAUGAUGAACAAAGGUAAUCAUGAAAUCAUGUCAAUCAUUUGAACCAUUAAACAGUGUAUUUCCUGUUGUCUUGUUUACUCAUCUUCUACGUGUUGCAUUUACAAACCUUACUUUACCAUUGCUUUAAUAUUCCAAGCAUUUUUCUACAAUAACUGAUCAAACCCUACUGUCUUCCACCGUUCUUUGUUUUAGCCUCUGGAUUUGCCAUUGGCAGCCAGACUGAAUAUAGUUGGAAAGUACUGGUUUGUUGACAAGGUUGUGUUAUCCGAUUAUUAGCACAGUGAUUCAGACCCGGCCAAGUCUCCUCAUGCCUGCCAGGUCAUUAAACACUCAGAGAUUUCUGGACUACAACCAAACACUGAAUCAUGCAGAGUCAAAGAGGGUUUUGUCACUUACUAUUUAGCUAAUAUAUCAAACAAUGGUGAUACAGGUUUCAGAUUAAACAGGUAUUACUAUUAAGUAUAUUUUUAUCUUUAAACUCUUUAGGCUCAUCAAAACAUAUCAGUUCUCAUAUCAGUGGCUGUGUGUUGCUCUUUAUUGGAGGUGGGGAUGUAAACCAGACUUACAUUUGCCAAACUGAUUAGUUAAUCCUCAUCAUUUUGAUGAGUUUGAAAACUCUUUUGGUAAAUUUGAACUUUGUAUGGCUCGUCCAAGUUUGUUAGUAUGGAAUGGACUUAUUUUUGCCCCUUGUGCCUAGGGGCGAAAAAACACCCAUUACACGCCAACGUAAUAACUGCAGUUCUUCAGGGGGCAGUUAUUACGGCUUACUUUAUUGAAGUUUUCAAACUGUAUUUUUCAGGUUUUACAAGAAAAAGAGACUUCAGGGAUGAAGACUAGUUGGUUUUGCAAAUGUAUGUUAAAGAGUAGUGCACAGCCGCUUGUCCAAGCAGUGGAUGAGACUGUCCCAAGCAGGGCUACCCAUCACCCAGACUGGGUUUGGGUUUUCCAUGUUCUGCCCAUUGAUCCGUACAGUAGGAAACAUCAGACAUUGUGUUUUAAAAGUCCAUGGAUGCAGUGUUAAUGUUGACCAAAGAAUUUGUGCAAACUUAUAGUUUUCUGGGGUGUUUUUGGAUGGUACAAGUGAAACGUUAUCCAAUUUUCUGCCAUACUGUAUGUUGUUUUGAUCGGUACUACCCAAUAACAAAAUCACAUCAGCUACGGCGAGUGUCUGCUUUAACCUGACUGGAAUUAAAAUGCAAAUGUUUUAUGCUAUUUAACAUCAAUUGGUAUCAGAAAAGUACUUUGAAACCAUUUGACCAAGAUAUAAUCUCGCUCUGCAUUGAAAAGCUUUACUCUUCAAUGGAAGUUUGUCUGUUUCAAAUGAAAGUCUCUGUAAGCAGCAAUGAAGAUAUCAUGUUGUUAUGUGUGUUACAUGUUUUGGAUUUGAUCAUCUUAAGCAAAUAAGUUUCUUCACUGUUGAACGCUCCCUGUGAGGUUAUCCAAACAAGAACAGCAAAUCAGAGCAGCAGCAACAGAAGUUUGUUGUAACACAAUCGAUAACCAAAUUCAUCUGAGUAUGUGUUUGAGCCAAGCUUGGAUGUUUGCACAGUUGUGUCAACACAAAUGCAUCACAGACCGAUACUGGUGUUCAUCAUUCAUAAACUCUCUUUUCAGAAACUCUGUCAUCUGUAUAAUCUUAUGUUUUAAUAGUGCUAAAUUAGCUGUUCAGCUUCAAGUGUCAUUUUCAAACUUCCUCCAAUGAGAUGAUGGAUUACUGUCUAUUAAGAGACCGAAGCUUGUUGACAUUUGUUAUUGCUUGCAUAAUGUAAUGGGUAAUGACAUGGGUGAUUUAUUUCAGUAGUUUUUGUACGGAUGUAGAAAUCCUUAAAGAUUAUCCACCCUUGAAAACAGUCUCAAAAAUUGUGUGUUAAGGACAGAAAUCAUGAAUUAGACAUCCACAUGCACAAAUAGACAAUGGAUUAGACAUCCACGUGCACAAAUAGACAACAGCAUGAAUUAUUCAUGAAGCCAGAGAGGUUGCAUGGGCCCCUCCUGGAAACUGACCGGCCCCCACUACCAAGGUGAUAGGUGGCUUAUUGGUAUCAUGGGUGGAUACUGAACUGACUUACAAGGCACAGGCCCAAGGCCCCUAGACCAGAGCCUCUCAUUUCUUGUCCAUCAAGCAACUACAAAAAGACUCAAAACGACCACAAGGAGAAGCAAAAAGACUUGUAAGAGAUGCAAACUGACAUCAAAGAGAUGCAAAACGACCACCUAGAGAUACACAACCGCAAAGAGACACAAAACAACUACAAAGAGAAUCAAAACGACUACAGAGACGCAAAAUGACCAUAAAGAGUGGUCAUCUUUUAGUGUGGGGGUCUUACUCCUACGAAGGAGGGGUUUGGAACUUUAUAUCUCUGUGUCCAGGGGCCUCUUGUCUCAUAAUCUGUCCAUGGUUGUUGGGUAUUAAGGUUACAAAUAGCAUUUACUGAUAUUAUUUCAUCUGACAAUAUUUAAAGUUUUUUGUCGUUAAUUUAGUACACUGAAAAUACAUUGUUACUAUUAAUAACAUACAGUUAAUUAUUUCCAAAAACCCAGGCUUAACACAUCUUUACUCAUUUUACAAAUGAGUGGAUUCAUUCAUUGGUCACCAUUAAAAGUGUAAAACAUGAGCUAUUUUGUCCCCAUUUAAUUUUCAUCACACUACUCCCUGUUUCUAGUUGUGUUUCCUCCUCGUCCCAAUCCUUUCCUGCUAGAGAAAUGUAUAAAAGAAACAUGAAACAUUUCAGUUUACUGACAUACAGUAUACUUCUGGAAAUGCACACUUUUCUGUGUGCCGAAUUUACUCGCUUUGCUCUUCCUCCGCUGUGACAUUGAGAGUGCUGUGACUGCAUGUUGAUUUCUGAUAUUGUGCCAUGUGAAACCUAAGACCUCAUUUAGAAGUACUGUAUUACAGCUGGAGUGUGAGAGGAGAGUUUGGCAGGGAGGAAACUGAAAGAUGAAUUACCGUCUCUGAAACUGAUAUGGAAACCUGGUAAUGCCGCCUAUCAUUUGUAGGUGUUACAGUACAGAAACGGUUGUGUGACAUUCAGGAUUUUACUGACUCACAUCAGCACUGUUGGUGUCGCUGUUUUUGUUGAGCUUUGAGGAUUUAUAGAACAGACUCAUUCUAGUCUAUGAUCUAUUAACAGGAAAAUAAACAUUUAUGCUUACUUUUUUCAUUGGAAUUGUUAAAAAGAUAAAACACAUGAAGUAGAGGGGACAGAGACACUGGUGUGUUGCGCUUUGCUGCAAAUGCUGUACAAAAAUGCAUCUGUUGGAGCCUGUUCGUGCAGAAAAUGAAACAAACUAAUCUGAACGACUCCAAAUGACCCAGUACAACUGUAGCAACGUGUCUUUUUUUGUUUAUAUUGUUAUUGUACACUGAAAAUAUUGUAAUUAUGCUGUUUUAAUUGCUUUAAAAUGCUUUUCACUGUUGUAAAUAAAGCUUUUACAUCU